CAAACGAAGUGACGAGGCACCAACACCAAUUAUGGAAGAAUCAGAAGGAAAAUAGCAAUUGGGAGAGUCACUUUGAAUUCACUCUUUCUUCUAACCUUACCAAAGGGAAAAAAUUCUUCUUUUUUUAGAGAAACAGGGCCAGUACUGGAAUCGAAUUCUCCCUUUUGUAGCUGAGUCUAUGCAUUGACAGGUAGCAGGAGCAAUUGUGGGAAUUUGAUGGAAUUCAGAAUCAGACAGCACUGAGAAAAAAAAAAAAAAAAAAGCUCGAGAAUUGGUGGUGGGAAAUCUGAUUCUGCAUAAAUAGACAUGGGAAAACAGAGAUCACUUCGGAGCAAGGCUGUCCACUUUGUGUCUGAUCUCACCACUGUCCUCCUCAACCCCAUCUCUGAUAAACCCUCCAAGUCUCCAUCUUCUGAAGAUGAAACUGUGUCGAAAAGAAGUCAACAAGAAUCAGCUGGGGAAGAGGAUAAUGGUGAUACAGUUGAUGGGCCUGACACUUCUUCCUUUACUGCUUUCCUCUAUUCACUAUUGUCAUCUUCAGACUCGGGGCAUGGUUUGAAUCCUGAUGAGAAAAAUGAUAAUCGUGAGGAAACUGUUGAUGCAUCAUCUGACACAGCAAUGAAAGAAAAUGGUGGAAGGAAGAGCUUACUUUCAAGGGGUAAGCAAUCACUAAGAUCUCUUUAUCAAGCUGCUAGAAUCCGUGGUUAUAGAAAUCAAGAGCGCAAGGCUAAAUCUGAUAUGAAAAUUGGUGAUGAGGAUGAUGCUAAAUUUGAUGGGAUUGAGUCAAAGCAGAUGCAAAAUGAGGAGCAUGAGGCUUUGGUGGAUCUUCCAGACAUUUCUGAACCGUCCUUGCUUCUUACUGAGAAAACAAGAAGUGCCCUUUAUGUUUCACUUCCGGCUCUUAUUCAGGGGAGGAAAUGGUUAUUGCUCUACAGUACAUGGAGGCAUGGCAUAUCGCUUUCAACAUUGUACAGAAAAAGCAUGCUCUGGCCUGGCCUCAGUUUGCUGGUUGUUGGAGAUCGUAAAGGUGCAGUUUUUGGUGGCUUGGUUGAAGCGCCCUUAAGACCAACCAAUCAGAGAAAAUAUCAGGGAACAAAUAGUACCUUUGUUUUCACAACUACACCUGGCUACCCAGUUAUAUUCCGUCCCACAGGUAUUCCCCUCUUAUUCUAGCUAAUAAAGUAAAAGAAUCUGUGAAAUACCACUUCGGUUUCUAUGAAUCAGAAUGAUAUUACUUUAGAAUAUAUAUAAGAAUUUGGCUUGGAGAAAACAAAGGUUUUAAAUUUAUAGUUGUUGUGUUGAUAUAUGGUAAUACGUAUUAUGCAUGAAUGAUGGAAAGCCUGACUGCCAGCAGAUUGGUUUUAUUACUUGAAUUUGAAAUACAUCUUCUAUAGGUUUCUUUGAAGCAAAUAUGAAGAAGCUUACUCACCAGAUUAGAUCUGAACAUCUGUCUUUCAGACAUUUUGUCUUAAUAGUUGGUACUUGUAAAUCCUUGGCACCUCUUUCCUACCUUGUAAAUUGGAUAUAUUUAUGGCCAUAUUUGAAUAUCAAAUGCUAUAAGCCUUUAACUGCUAUUUGUUGUUCAGAAUCUUUCACUUAUGCUUAAAUAUAUUAUUCUCACUCACAUAUGACCUGUAGCAGAUUGGUAAAACAUAUGAAUGUCAGAAACUACUGCAGGAGAUUAGCUGAGUUCCUCUUUGAGUGAUUUUGAUAAAAUUGCAAAUAUGGAACUAGGUGCAAAUCGCUACUUCACCUUAUGCUUCACUGAAUAUCUAGCAAUUGGAGGUGGUGGCCAUUUCGCACUCUAUCUGGAUGGUGACUUGUGAGAUUUCUGCCAUGAACUGUUUUCUUCCCAGAUCCCCUUCCCAUCUUCCCAUAAAUUGUUGGGUUGUUUUUCCUUUUCUUUGGGAACUAAGUUGGUUUAGUUUAAUUAUACCUCCAGUUUUUAAGAAACAGAUCUGAUGAAAGCAAGUAUGUAAACGAUGCACUCGUUUCUCAUUUCUGACAUUUUCCAAAUUUUCAUACAAGGUUGAAUGGAUCAAGUUCAGUCUCAGAAACUUAUGCAAACCCUUGUCUUGCACACUCUGAAGACUUUGAAGUGAAGGAGGUUGAGUUGUGGGGCUUCGUUUACGGGUCGAAAUAUGAGGAAAUACUUGCUUUAAGCAGAACAGAGACGCCUGGAAUUUGCCACUGGUCAAUGUCUAACCAGUGAGUAACUGAAGCUGGAGUCUGCUUUAAAUAACUGUUUUCCACUUGAGUCGCUGCCCUAUUUUCCAAACUUGUAUAUACAAUUAUACAUGCAUAACCUUGUGAAUAGAUCAGAGCUAUGAAUUGACAGUGUAUCCCGCAGCAAAUGAAGAAUUUUCUCAAGUUUUUCCAUGAAUUCCUUUUGUCUCCCUUUCCUUUUUCUUUUUCUUUCUUUUUUUUUUUUUAAUUAUUUUUUGUUCUGCUCAGCAUCUGCAAGAAAUGGUAAAAGAUUUU